AUGCUUGAUACUUCACAGUUACCUAGAGACGUCGAGCUUUCAAGGUGGAAUCCUACUCCGAUUGACCAGCCUUGCGCGUGCAAAUCUCAGGGACAAAGCAAAGACUGCACUUCGGAAACCGAGACAUCACCUUUCUUCCAGACUCUAUCUCCCAUCCCACGAACUCAAGCCACUACGGAGGAUGCUACAACCGAAAACCUGACCCAGGAAGCAGUCCACGACAACCAGCCGGCCCAUGCCCACGGCUCGAAAUAUAUUCCAGUAUUUGACGAGACCGAGCCUUCCUUAGAGGAACAGCUUCCUGAGAUAAAUAAGCCUGACUUGGAAGGUCUUCUACCUCCAGAUACCUUCGCUCUUGACUCUGAGGACGAUCUCAAUCUCCAUGACCCGAUGGCACAACACUUCCGUAGUCCUCCCGAUUUCGAUAUAGAAGUCUUGUUAGAUAUCCUAGAAGCAGGCGAAGCGAGCAAUGAGGGCAGCCAUCGCACUGAAUCGUCUUCUUCAGUUGAUGAAAGCAACUUCCAGGAUGGUUUACCUACGUUUGAAGAUCAUGUGCGUCGGGAUUGUCUCGGUUUAUUUGGUAGUUUGAUUCCUGCGUUGUAA